AUGUCGAUGUUUUCCUCAUUCCAAUUACUAGAGCUCAACAUAAUCUCCGCACAGGAUCUAGCUCCCGUCUCCCGUAAAAUGAAGACAUACGCAGUGGCUUGGGUUCACUCCGAGCGGAAGCUCACCACCCGCGUCGACUACUCCGGUGGCCCGAACCCAACUUGGAACGACAAGUUUGUUUUCCGAGUCAGCGAGGAUUUCCUCUACGCAGAUACUUCAGCCGUGGAGGUCGAAAUCUACACCUUGCAUUGGUUCCGUGACGUUCACAUAGGCACAAUCCGUGUCCUCAUCAGCAACCUAAUCCCACCAAAUCGUCGACCAGGAUACCGAACCAAUGACGAAUACCGCCAUACACCUCCUCCAGGGAUGCGAUUCGUAGCACUUCAAGUUCGCCGUCCCUCUGGCCGUCCUCAGGGGAUAUUAAACAUCGGUGUGGGCAUCCUCGACGGAUCUAUGCGUAGUUUGCCGCUUUACACGAAUAUGGACUCGUCUGCAGUUGGUUACAAAGACUUGCUUGGUGUAGAUGAUCCUCAUUUGCAGAAUAUGAAUCUCAACAGCUCCAAGAAUCCACAAUCUCCAUCAUCGAAACAUAAUCAUUCAGUAGCCUCGAAACCACCAAUGCUGCGUCGUACGAUGAGUGAUACGAGCUCGAUGGUUGUUUCCGAUCUUCUGAGCAGAGCUGAACGGAGCCGUGUGGCUACUAAUAUGAAACUUGUGAGCAGCAAUUCGGAUACUACGCCUACGACGUCGGGACACCAUACGACUACAUCGGAUUCAGAUGAUAACAAAUCUCCUUAUGAAACUCCUAAUAUCCCUAGGGAGAGAUACGAUUCGUUCGAGCUGAAUUUCGUGAUUCAAUCGCCUAACCACGACGAGAUGCCGCCGCCGGAAAGUGAGAGAUACGACGAGUCGCCUUACCGUUCGUACAAUCAUCCACGCAAAACUCCGAGAAGGUCGACGACGCACGGGACGCCGUUGAGAUCUAACAUCGUCGCGUCUACUCCGAUCAGAUCUAACAUAGUUUCAUCUAGUCCUAUGCGAUCCACAGGCGUUCGAUCUAACAAUCUAGCGUCGACGCCGUUACGAUCUAACAUCGUCGGAUCUACUCCGAUCAGAUCUAACGUGGUUUCAUCUAGUCCUAUGCGAUCUAAUAUCAUCGGAUCUACUCCGAUACGAUCUAGCUACCGGGAAACACCGAUGAAAUCGUCUCUACGAUUCAGUACACCGAUGAGAUCUAAUUUAGCGGGAAAAUUGAUUUUAACCGAAUCUGAGUUAGGGAAUAAGAACGAUACUGAAAGUUCGAUCCUCAGCGAGUGGAGUCUCGACGACGAUAGCAAUCUCGAAGGUCUCCGCUCGAAACUAGAGCGGUGGCGGACGGAGCUUCCUCCGCUUUACGAUCUCGGAUCGAGUCAGCAGAGCAGCGAUGUAGGGAAGGAGAUUGUUCCGGUAACGGCAAACGUAGGAGGAGGGAAAAGCUCGAGGCGGAAGACUCCGAUGGUGAAGAGGAAGAAGCAUAACCGCCGUCAUACCGAGGGAGGAAACGGUCUUUUCUCGUGUUUUAGUAAUCUCUGUGGUGUUGAAUGCACUUUUGUUUGUGGAGGCGGGUCGGAUCGCGACGGGUCGAAAAAGAGAGGUGGGUCUAGGCGUCUGCCUCGUUUGGCUUCCGCUGAUGAUUUGAGUUAUUUGUAAUUAUUUUUACAUUUUCGGUUUUAGACCGAUUG